AUGGCUCUUCCCGCCGACUACAAGCACGAGAUUGAGACCCUCGAACGCGAGGUCCUGCAGAACAAGCCCACCGACGUCCUGCAGUUCUGCGCAAACCACUUCCUCCGCCGCCUAGAGUCUCAGCGACACGAGUUCCUGCUGGGCGCACAGCAUUCCAACAAGACCAUGGCCGAGAACAAGUUCCCCGGCAGCAACCCUUUCCACCAAGUCCAGCAGCCUGGAAUGCAGCGUCUCGAAGAAGAGGAUGAAAUGGACACGUUCGCCUCGCCCACUGCCGCUUCCUUCCCCAACAACGCCAUGAACCGUGACGCUUCUCCUUUUGCUGCAAAUGCAAACCCCUUUGGUGCCAACAACUCCAGCUCCAACUCCACCGGCAGCUUCAACUUUGGUUUCGGCGGCGCUCAGAAUGCAGGUGCUCGUGAUCAGAAGGCUGGCGCCGGCGGCAACAACCAACAGUUGGACGUACCGCAAAACUUCCCCAACAACUACAACAUGGGCCGCCGUGUGUCCGUCUCUGCCGAAGUCCUGGCCCCUUCGGGCACCGACGACUCGGACUGGAAGCCUCCUACCCACCCCAAAACUCAGGAACAGCUCGGCCGUCUGCGCGCAGCUGUGUCGCGCAACUUCCUCUUCUCUCACCUAGACGACGAUCAAACCGAACAGGUCUUGGGCGCUCUGCAAGAACGCAAGAUUCCCUCAAAAGAUAUCAAGGUCAUUGCCCAAGGAGACGUCGGUGACUACUUCUACGUCGUCGAGACUGGCAACUUUGACAUUUACGUCUCGAGCACUGGCAAGAUCGAGCCCGGUGUGAAUGGCAUGGGCAACAAGGUCGCAACGUGCGGCCCCGGUACCUCUUUUGGUGAACUUGCGCUGAUGUACAACGCCCCCCGUGCUGCGACUGUCAACAGCACCGAGCCCAGUGUCAUCUGGCAACUUGACCGCAUCACCUUCCGUCGCAUUCUGAUGGACAGCGCAUUCCAGCGUCGCCGCAUGUACGAGUCUUUCCUCGACAGCGUGCCUCUUCUCAACACCCUCACCCCGUACGAACGCAGCAAGAUUGCCGAUGCUCUCGAGACUCAGAAAAUGCCUGCAGGAAGUACCAUCAUUCGCGAGGGUGACGUCGGUGACCACUUCUACAUGCUCGAAUCGGGUACCGCUGCCGUCUACAAGUCUGGAGUCGAGCAAUCGCUCAAGACGUACAACAAGGGCGAUUACUUCGGCGAGCUGGCCUUGCUGGACGACAAGCCUCGUGCCGCAUCCGUAGUCGCCGAGACAGACAUCAAGGUGGCCAUGUUGGGCAAGAAUGGCUUCCAGCGCCUUCUCGGUCCCGUCGAGAGCAUUAUGCGUCGCGAUGAUCCCAGACAGCGCGCAGCCUCGGCUCAGCCUUCUGUCUCGUCCUCUGCAGGACCUUUCUCCGACAGUGUCAACCCCUUCUCAUCGUCCUGA